CCAAUGAGCAGAGCACCAGAAAAAAGUGACAAGAUCGUACAAAAUACGAGUAUCUCUCAGACAGGAGGAGGCAGCAAAAAUUGGAGCAAAGAUGAAGAUGUAGCACUAACAAGGGCAUGGCUAUAUAUUUCUGUUGAUGCUGAUGUUGGUAACAAUCAAAAAAUUGCUAAUAUGUGGAAUCGUAUCUUCCAAGUUUGGAGGGAGAAUAUGGGAACUUAUGAUGAGUCUCGCACAACAAAUGCCUUACAAUCUCGUUGGAGUAAGAUUGUACAUGCAGUGAACAAAUUUCAUGCUUUAUAUGAACGACUACAAAGGCAUCCAAAGAGUGGAACAAGCCAAGAAGAUAUGAGGCGAGAGUCAAUGCGCAUGUAUGAAGAUAUUAAUCAUGGUCAAUGUUUUAAAUAUGAACAUUGUUGGGAGAUCAUGAAAACAAAUCCAAAAUGGUGCAUAAAGGAAGUUACUAGGACCACAGAUUUCUCCAAGCAAAAGGAUACCAAUACAAGUGGUGAUAACCCAUCAACGUAGAUGCUACUAGUGUUGGUAAAUGUAGUGAUGUUGAACGCCCUGAAGGAAGAAAAGCUACUAAAGAAAAAAAGAGGAGGUUGAAUGAUGAAAAAUGUGUAGCUGAUGCUUUGAACAAGUUCCAAAUGUUGCUGGAAAAACAGAUUUGUGUUAGUCAAGAAGAGCUCAGGGCGAAGAGGGAAAAGGACUUAAAGGAAUUUGAGUUACGAGAAAGGGUAAUGAAAGAAGAGUUGGAGCUGGAAAAAAAUGCUCAGAAAUUAAAGGAGAAAGAUCAACAACUAAAAGAGAAUGCUCAAAAGUUCAAGGAGAAGUCUCAAAAGCGGCUAGAUCAAGAACGUAUUUUAAAUCAAGACGUUACCAAGCUUCCCUCAAGCAUUAGAGAGACGUUUGAGAUGUAUCAAUCUCAAAUUUUUAAAGAAUGGGAAAAAGAUGGACUUUUUGGUUGAACUACGAUUAUUGAGAUUCACGUCUUUAUGAAACCAAAUAUUAAAACUUGCUGGAAGAGUAAGACAGUGUGAAGACUAGUUACUUUUUUCUAUUUAUUUUUCUUUGGUUUUCCAGCAUGGAACAAUUCUUUUUAUUGCUUAGAUAAAGUUUAGGUUCGUGAAGUAUUAGAAAGCCAUCAGACUUUUUAUUCUUUAUAUUCAUUGUGUUCAAUUGAUUAAAGAACAGUGUAGCU